AUGAGUCAAUCAGUUCAAUUUAAGGAUUUACUUGCUUCUCUAAGAAAGAGUCCUAAUUAGAGAUCAUUAGAAGAUGUGCUUAUUAUUAAAAACUAUUUAAUGACCAUAUAGUUUUUGAAAGAUUCUUUUAAAGGAUAAGAACAGAGUUUUGAAUAAUUGUCAAAAAUGUUUCGUUUGGAAAUUUUUGAUGAGGACUAAACUAUCUUUCACAUUGACUCAAAAGGGGAUAAGUAUUAUUUGAUUCUCUAAGGAUAAGUAGGAAUUUACAUAAGACCUCCAAAACAAAUUUCCAAAGGUGAAACUAAACUAAAACUUUCAAAAAAGAAAGAUGAUCAAACUCAAGAUAAUAAAUUAGAUAAAAAUAAAGAUAGUCGCAAAGAUGUUGAUGAAAAAGAAGAAAGUUUAUAAUUUAAAAAAAAUAAUCAUCUUGAUUCAUUGAUAAUGGUCAAACAGCUUUAAGAAGGAUAAACGUUUGGUGAGAUGGCUUUGAUUUAUAAUUAGCCCAGAUUGGCUACUAUACAUACCUUUUAAGAAACUAUACUAGCAGUUUUAACAAAACGUGAUUUUAGACUAAUAAUGAAGAAAGCAGAAAUGAGAUAAAUUAAAGGAGAAUUGAAGUUUUUGAAAUAAGUUUAUCUUUUUCAAUCUUGGAGUUAUGAAAAUCUUAGAGACAUAUAUUUAAAUAGCGAAUAAGUACAAUUAUAGAUUGGUUAAAAUGUUUUUAAGGAAGAUGAUCCUGCUGACUCCAUCUACAUUAUCAAAAGAGGCUCCUUUUUACUGAGUAAAUAGGUAUAGCUAGCUAAUACUCAAUCAAACGUAGAUGGCUUGAUAAAAAACUAAAACUUAAUAGGAAAAAUUGGAUAAUUAGGAGAGUGUGAUGUAUUUGGAGAAGAAGAGUUUGUUUCUUUGAUCAAUUUAAUCUUCAAAGAAAAUGAUUAUGAUGAGAAUUCUUAUUUCGACUAACAAAACCAAUAAUUGGAGUAGUUUAUUUUUGAAAAUUAAAAAACAAAUCGGUUUUCAACAGUGACUUGUGACAGUAGGGAAGGAGGAACUCUUAUCAGAAUUAAAAUAAAUGAUUAUUUACUUCGUAUUCUUAAUUAUUCUGAAACAAGAAAAAUUGCACUCAAUUCAAUAAAGCAGAAAAUUGCACUUCAUUCUUAAGUGCAUGAAAGAAACUGUGAAACUUUUGUUUUUUACCAGAAAUAUCUAAUUAGAGGAGAUCCAUAGUUUUUUAAAAAUCCUCUGAGUUCAAUGGUUUGUCAAAAUGCAAUAUAUUCAAAUAAUGCUACAAUUGAUUAACCUAAUUACUAAGGUAUUAAUUCAGAAAGAAAAAAAGGAAUAAGCCCCAUUGAGAGUCCAAUUUUCUCAGAAUCAGUUACAAUAACAAAAGAUUUAAAAUAAAAUAAUAAAAAAAAUUAAUCAAGCUAGGAAAGAAAUUAAAAUGGGAGAGUUAGCUCAAGGGCAAACAAUAAAUACUCAAAUUAAGUCAAAUCAAAUGAAAAUUUAGAUAAUCUCACAAUCCAAGCAUCUAACUAAGUUAAAAAUAGUUCCCAAAAAUAAAAACUUAAAAAAUAUAAAUUCUAAUUUAUAUCUGAAUAGUGUGAUGAUAGCAUUUUUACUGAAAAAAUACCAGAAAAUUUAAAAUAAAUUCAUAAAGAAAGGUAAAAAUAAAAGUACGAAGCUAUGUAAAUAUACAAAUACGAAUAGACAAAUUAUUAAAAAGUAUAGUUAAAUCAUUUUAAAAAUAAAUACAAUUAAAAUGAAAUCCCUUAUUACAAAUAAAAUGCAUAUUCCAAAAGCAUAGAACCAAUUAUAUCAAAUAAAAUAGCAAAAUUAGGAUAUAAAGUCAUCAAAUUAAAGGAUUAAGAAAUAGAAAAUUAAAAUGGAGAGUAUUAUUCAAUUGAAGAUCACUUUUCUAAUCAGUAGACUUAAAGGAAUGAAAUAAGCAAUUUGAUGUAAAUAACUAGUUGUGGAGAUAAUUGGAUAAAUAGCAGUUCUAUUGACUAAAAAAUAAAUUUAAACUCUCAUUAAAUGUAAAAGACCAAGAAUAAAUUUCCUAUGAGUAAAUAAAAUACUGGUAAAAGUAAAAUUGAAGGUAUUCCAUAAAUAAGGGAGUACUAAAAAAUACGUCUAAGGCCUUUAAUAAUAGAUAAUCAAAUUAAUUCAACUUGUAAAAAUUUAAGUAAUAAAAACUCUUUUGAUUUUAAUAAUUUUUAUAAUGGGAAGCUUGAUCAAGGAUAAAAUUAAUCACUAACAGACAGUAUUUACAAUAAUAUUUCCUUGCAAAUUACUCCAAAAAAGCAACAUUUUAAAUCAAAUAAUUAAUCAUUAGACCAUAAGUAACAUUUAAAUAAGUCUUAUGAUAUUUAUCAUCCAGUCAAUCUUUCUAAAGAAAGAAAUCAAAAUAAUUCAAGAGAUUGGAAAAGCAGAUAACAAUAUGUUAAUUCUCUUUUGAACGAAUUUUAGUCCAAAUCUAUUUCAUUUAAUAAAAUAAAAUUAUUAAACUGUCAAUAAAUAGCUCCAGUAGUUAAGUUAUAAGGAUAGAAUUCUCCUUAAGACCAUUAAAAACCUUUAAAUAAUAAAAUUCAACCUUAAAGUAAAAGAAGAGAAAAUCUUUUUUAGUUGAAAUGCAUUACUGACUCUAUUUGA